GUUUGUCUUCUCCCCUCUCGCCUUAGGAGGCUCUGAGCCAUGUCCUCGCCAGCGUCCACCCCUAGCCGCCGUAGCAGCAAACGCCACAGAGGCGGAACGAAUCCACCUACGCCUCUUGCUGAAGAUGUACAAUCCCCUCCUUCGCAGCGACGUCGCACAGAUGAUUCCACAUCCACAGGAGACUUGCAAUCAAUGCCAACUUCUCCACCAGUUGAUACACAAAGCCCAGUUGUUCAAGAUGCUAUUUUCUCCAGUCCACCACAGUUCCAAAAUUCAGUUCCGGUUGACUUUGAUAUUAGCUCACCACUGACCUAUGGCACUCCCAGCUCGAGAGUGGAAGGAACGCCAAGGAGUGGUGUGCGAGGAACUCCGAUUAGACAGAGGGCUGAUCUGGGGUCUGUCCGCAAAGCCAGACAGGUGGAUCUGCAUUCUGAUGCGCCUACAGAGGAAGACGCAGUGGCUAGUGAGCCCUCUCUUGGGCAAAAGCUUGUGAUCUGGGGAACUGAUGUCAAUGUGGCUUCAUGCAAAGAAAAGUUCCAGAGAUUUCUCCAACGCUUUAUUGAUCCAACUGCUAAAGAAGAUGAAAACAUUGGUUUGGACCUUAAUGAGCCUCUGUAUAUGCAGCGCCUGGAGGAGGUAAACUUGGUUGGAGAGCCAUUUCUGAAUGUAAACUGUGACCAUUUAAGAUCAUUUGACGAAAAUCUUUAUAGACAGCUGAUAUGUUAUCCCCAGGAAAUUAUUCCAACAUUUGAUAUGGCUACUAAUGAAAUUUUUUUUGACCGUUACCCUGACUCAGUAUUGGAACACCAAAUUCAAGUACGACCAUACAAUGCAUUAAAAACCAAGAACAUGAGGAGUCUGAAUCCAGAAGAUAUUGACCAGCUUAUCACUAUAACUGGCAUGGUGAUCAGAAGCUCCCAGUUAAUUCCAGAAAUGCAAGAAGCUUUCUUCAAGUGCCAAGUCUGUGCUUUCACAACAAGAGUGGAAAUCGACCGUGGGAGGAUUGCUGAGCCAUCAGUGUGCAAGAACUGUAAUACCUCACAUAGUAUGGCUUUGAUUCACAAUCGCUCUAUGUUCUCAGAUAAACAAAUGAUCAAAUUGCAGGAGUCUCCAGAAGAUAUGCCAGCUGGGCAGACACCAUACACUAUAGUUCUUUUUGCUCACAAUGAUCUAGUUGAUAAGGUUCAGCCUGGUGACCGAGUUAACGUUACAGGUAUCUACCGAGCAGUCCCCGUCCGUGUCAUUCCAAAGAUGAGCAAUGUAAGAUCUGUCUACAAAACCCACAUUGAUGUUAUCCAUUACUGUAAAACGGAUUCAAAACGUUUGCACGGCAUGGAAGAUGAAACAGAACAGACAUUGUUUACAGAAGAACGUGAAAAAAUGCUUCAGGAGCUUUCUCGGAAACCAGAUAUUUAUGACAGGCUUUCUUCAGCACUCGCCUCUAGUAUUUAUGAACAUGAUGAUAUUAAGAAGGGCAUCCUCCUUCAGCUGUUUGGAGGAUCAAGGAAGGAUUUCAGUCAUACUGGAAGAGGAAAUUUUCGUGCAGAGAUCAACAUUCUGCUCUGUGGUGAUCCUGGCACAAGCAAGUCACAGUUGCUUCAAUAUGUCUAUAACUUGGUUCCCAGAGGGCAGUAUACAUCUGGGAAAGGUUCGAGUGCUGUUGGUCUUACAGCAUAUGUGAUGAAGGAUCCUGAAACAAGACAGUUAGUUUUACAGACGGGAGCCUUGGUUCUAAGUGACAACGGCAUUUGCUGUAUUGAUGAGUUUGACAAAAUGAAUGAAAGUACCAGGUCCAUGCUUCAUGAAGUCAUGGAACAACAAACACUUUCUAUUGCCAAGGCUGGAAUUAUUUGCCAAUUGAAUGCUCGUACCUCCAUCCUGGCAGCUGCUAAUCCUAUAGAAUCUCAGUGGAAUCCAAAGAAAACUACCAUUGAAAACAUCCAGCUUCCCCAUACAUUGUUAUCUAGAUUUGAUCUCAUUUUCCUGAUGCUGGACCCUCGAGAUGAAGCAUAUGAUAGACGUUUGGCUCAUCACUUGGUUGCCUUGUACUAUCAAACUGAAGAGCAAGCAGAAGAGGAGUACAUGGAUAUGGCGGUUUUGAGAGAUUACCUUGCUUAUGCUCGUAGAUAUGUCAAUCCACGACUGAGUGAAGAAGCAAGUCAAGCUCUUAUUGAGGCGUAUGUAGAUAUGAGGAAGAUUGGAAGUGGUAGAGGAAUGGUUUCUGCAUAUCCUCGACAGCUGGAAUCUUUGAUACGCCUGGCAGAAGCUCAUGCUAAAGUGCGCUUUUCUAACAAGGUGGAAACAAUAGAUGUGGAAGAAGCCAAACGUCUUCAUCGUGAGGCCCUAAAGCAAUCUGCUACUGAUCCAAGAACUGGAAUUGUGGACAUAUCUAUUCUCACUACAGGCAUGAGUGCUACUGCCCGUAAACGCAAAGAAGAACUGGCUCAAGCUUUGAAGAAACUAAUUCAGACUAAGGGUAAAACCCCAGCUUUAAGAUACCAACAGCUUUUUGAUGAUCUACGUGCACAAUCUGAAAUGGCUGUCACUAAAGAAAUGUUUGAAGAAGCACUUCGUGCAUUGGCCGAUGAUGAUUACUUGACCGUCACUGGGAAGACUGUUAGAUUGCUAUAAAUACAUCUUUAACUUCACAAUAAUGGGAUUGUAAAACUUGUUUCUUUCUGUAACAGCUUU